UAAUGACAACAAAAUCUUUAAAAUCAUGGACUUUGGAAUCCUAUUGGUAUUUUUGAUGGCCGUUGCUGGUACAUUUGCUGGUAUUUCUGUGUCGUUCUCUCAUUCUCAUGAAUUCCCCCGUCACGGACUGUUAGGUGGAGGUGGAUUCAAUCCAUAUGGUGGAUAUUAUCAAAGCAACUAUUGGGGAAAAAGGAAGUAGAUGAGGACAUCAAACUUGCCUAUUAAAUUUAACAACUUAAUGUUCAAUUAUUUUUAUAUAUGAACGUCGUUCAAUAAAAAAUGAAUAUUUUCUACGCUA